AUGGCUCAGGAUCUGUAUAGAACAGUGUUAUCUGUAGGUGCUGGGGUAAUUACCCAGGAUUGUCUGAAUUUUGUAACAUGUCCAAUCUGUGGACGUUUUCCACAUAUUACUUGUGGAGAUGGAAAUGUAAAAGAUGCUUCUAGAAUUCCAACAAAUUUGAUAUACAAUGAGGAAGAAGAAGAUAUAGAAGAUUUAUUCCAAUUCAAGAAUCUAGCAGCAACUGAACUCUUCACACAAAACAACACAAAGAAGAUGGAAUUCUCUAAGAAGAAAGCUUUCACAUUACCAUCAAUAAUGGCGCCUGUUGUAAAGAAGUACAAUAUUAAUACAGAAAGGAAGAAGUUUGCAAAUUCGUAUUAUGAAAAGGAAUUGGAUGUGGAUUUACACUUAGUGGCAGAUGUUUUCAUUUCUGGGGAAAUGUCAGUUGAAGAAUUGAGCAAGGGGACGGUUAAUGAAGUUAAACUGAAAGAAGUGUUUGCAAAAUGCUUUUCCAAGAAGAUAACCAGUAUUUCUGCUAUGAAGCAGGGUUUAUUAAAUGCAUACAGCAAAAUUAUAGCUGGUGAUUCACAAUGCCAUAAGUAUAUACUACGGAAGGGAUUCACUGGUGGAUGGGCGGACCUGUAUUGUGAGCAUAAUUAUAAAUAUGGAAGCAAAAUGAUGGUGUUCAAAGAAAGUGUAGCUGAUCAUGCAGACCUGAGACUGAGCCUACAUCGUUUGCCAGCACUCCAUAUUCAUGAUGAUGCGUGUACUCUAGCUAGACAUGAGGUUCUAAGGUCUGAAAAAGCACGAGAAAUGUUAGGGCCAGAGAGACUUGGCUGCUUUCAAAUACCCAGUGAGAAAAUUGAGCCACAGUCAGGACUGGAUAUUCCAGAAUGCAGAACUCUUGAGAAACAGGAUGUCAAAAUAAACACAAGAUCAUUUAUAAUGGGCCAUAGGCUUCAAUUCAAGGCAAGCAUUUAA